CAAAUUAAGAGUGGACAUGUCUCUGUAAACUUGGGAUUGUGUUCUUUAGAUUCAAUUAUGUACUGAAGAGCUGACAGAGUACACUUUAGCGAAUAGAUUCCAUCAGUCAAUUUAGGAAUAAUCAUUGAACACGGUGUAGAAAUAAUAAUAAUAAUGUUGCAAGGUGUAUGACUCGUAUUGUAACUUUUUGUUGUCCUUUCUACCCACAAUAUACAUGCAGCCACAAAAGUGCAACCUCUACAGAAACUUGAUGAAAAAGUUGGUCUACUACAAUCAAAGCAGUUAGUAACACUUUAGGGUUUGGUCUGACUUGACUACACGCGUAGUCGGACUAACUGUGGAUUAGUGAAAAACGAAAAAAUAUUGCUUGCCCAUAUAACUAAAUGGUCAACAAUUGCCACCUUGUUAAAAAGUAUUGCAUUCCUUGUACACACACACAACUGUAAACGGUUGUACAAGUUAUUGUGACGUGCGUAGAGUGUUAUGCAUGUAUAACAAGUGCAUUUAAGCCAAAAACUACCGAUUAAGUUACCAAUUUCAGAAUAAAUCGUAUUGUUUUUAAGACUUUCCAGAAAUAAUUAAUAUUCCGGAUGAAAACCAAUUCUUAAAAUAACCGGCAUACAAGUACAAGCACAUAGCUGCACAACAAUUGUGGGCGGGUGAUCACUAAUCAUCAUUGCUUCUACUCAAUUUCAUCCCAAAUAUCAAUAUACACAUUACUGCCUCAUUUGUCUCCUUAUCACCAAGUCGUUAAGAUCGAAAGAGUUUGAAUUGUAAUAAGCCUCACCAUCGUCACUGCUCAGAAAAUCUGAGAGAACCACUUGUGUUCCAAUUUUGCCAAGAAAGACGCAAUUGUACGUAUUGGGUCGUCUUAAUGCGUGGUGGUGGAGUUGGGAGACUUUGUGGUUGUGUUAUUAGUGUUGCUUAAUUUAUGCGUCGAGUAUCACCGAGAGAUAUGCAUUCGUCAUCUUCUUAAUAAUAAUAAUAACGUAACAUUGCAUUACAUUUGACUCUCCAGCAGAUAUUGAUACUGUUGGACAAGUGAAGAGAGACUUUUUGUGUUGCGUGAGAUUAGUCCUUAACCAUAAACAAAUAGUGAGCAUCGUAACAUAUCAGACUUGUAAUACAUACAUACACUGCUACUCCAGACUAUAAAGUACGUAUGUAUGCUUACAUUAAUUGAUAAUCAUGAUUCCAGUUUUGGAUAAGGAAAAAUAAUAACACGGGGGACAGAUGAGUGAGCUAGUAAAGUGAGGAGCCUGGAGGAUUGCGGUGGGGGAUUGCUUACACGAAGCUGAUACGGACGGACGGAUGGAUGGAUGGAUGGCUGGGCCGUGAGGAGGAGGAUGACACCACUGAAAUAAUAAUUUAACAAAUAAGAGAUAAUACCGUUGCAUCGUUCCUCCAACAUUGAGAUAACUCUGCGAGCGAUCCAGUGAGUGAAGUGAGCAAUGCGUUUCGAGUGGGGUCGAGUACAGUGAAGUACAAGCGUUGCUUUUUGGUGGUUGAGUUUUUGAUGCAAUAAGAAAAAGACGAGGUGAAAGGUUUGGUUGGUUUAGUUGGUCUGUUGUUUCUGCCCUGCUUACUCCACUUGUCUCACUUUCCGUUCACCAUUUAACGCAUCUCAGCUCAAUCUAGUCAAACCCACAUUAUUCACAAGGGAUUGAAUUGGAUUUCUUUUAAAAAGCACUCUCCCUCUGUGAAACGAGGGCCCAAGAUUUGGAUUACCCAUUGAAUAAAACCGAAUUAUAAAGGUUGCAUUUAUUAUCAUCGCCGUAUUUUCGACGCGAAUAGUUCUGGAGAAGGACUAAGUUAAUCAUCAGCACUUUGUUGGACUGGUAAAAAGUGUGUGGCAGUGUAUUUUAAACAAUUCAUACAAGUACCAAAUCCAAAGUGUUGCUUACGAGGCUAAGUCGCCAGCGCUUUUUACUUCGCCCCGACUUUUUACGUGACUUGAUUGACCAAGGCUAAGCCUAAGCUAUGGUGGAAUAUGGUCGGCAACGAUAAGAAUAGAGUAAGACGAAGUGGCAGCAGAAGUGGCAGCAGCAGGUUGCUCCUCACCGUUCAGAAACCUAAAAACUCCUCCCACUAUCAGAAAAAUAUAGAGAAGCAGUUUCAAACCAGCGCGGAUAUCGAGAGGGGGCGAACUUUCGGCUUUUGUGCUGCUUGUGAUUACAAACAAUAUUCGUAUUUCGAACAGAGCAGUGUAAUUCUGUGAAAUUCUUACUUUUACUUAUCAACAUGGUCUCCUGCGUUCCCCAUCUCAUCUUCUCAUCCUUAUAACAGUGUGUGUCCGCCUAGUAGUACGUAAAAAUACACGUAAAGACUAAAUAAAUAAAUAAAUCAGUCCAAUCAGCUCCUUGAAUUCCGAAGCGGCGUCAACAACUGUGAUUCAGAAUUAAUUACUUGUGCGUGAUAAUAUAUCAGGAGAAGAGGAACUGCAUAUACAUAGCUGGAGGCUAAUUGAGACUCACAUUUCUCCUCCUCGGCCUCCGUAAUUGAAUUUAUUAAACUGCUGGCAGUUAAUGAAGAGAGACACAGACUAAUCUCUUGGUUCAAUAUUAUGAUAAUGAUAAGCAAGAGGGACCAAGUAGGCUGAACUUGUCGAAGCAAAGUCUAAAGUCAAUCACUGUAUCACAUUCUCAUUGUUUCUUCUACACAACAACUACGCGCAACGACAUAUAUAAAAUAACAAAAGUACGUGUUGUGCUGCUAUGUAUUCAUACGUUUAGUUCUGGCUGGAUCCUUGACUUGACUGACAAUCUUUGAAAUUCUAAAAUAUCUUACAAAAGUCAUCGCUUUUAUCAUGUCGUUUUUACCCUUCUUCGUUUCUCAGCAUUCCGCAUUCGUCCUGCUACAAAUGAUUAUACGAGACUGAUACAACACUUGACCAAGCAGUGAUACAUCGUCACCGUCAGUCAAUUUCUCCUGGCCAACCAUCCCCAAAAAAAACAUUUCGGAUGAUAACUAAAUACAAUAUACUUCUAUUCUGCUACUACUACUACUAAAAAGUCUGCAUAUAAUUGUGUGUGACAAACAUCUCCUCUCCUUUACUCCACCGUUGUUACAAGUGAUCUCGCAUUUUUUGUUUAAUUUCUCCUCAGACAUUUAUAUUUUGCACGUGUCGUUUCGUAGCACACAAAACUUGUGUGGUCUACACAGACUUUCAUAGAUUGUGAUAAUACUAAUAAUCAAUGAUAGAUUAGGCGAGGAGGGUGAAGAGAAAAGUUCCCAAGGACUUGGAAAGAAACUGAUCAACCACAUACACAAAAAUAUUAUUAUUAUUAUUAUCUGUAGCCCUUGUACUUAAUUCCUGUCCUGUUCUGUUGGCUUCACUGCGUCAAUAAAACUGAGUUCAAGUUGUGCGACUAUUUAGAGAGCUGAUCCAACAAACUGAACAAGAAACGAUAAACCGUCAUCAUCAGCCUGACAAAUUCUUGACUCACAUACUACACACUCAUCGAACGGGUGGGUGGGUGGACCAAGAAUACGAUUGUCCAGUCCAGCCCAGCAGUGAAAUUUAAUGAUUUAAAUGCCAUUUUCACAUGGUCCCAGGGCAGCCGCAUAAUACACAUAAAACAACUCAACACUGGAUAUAUCCAGUUUGAGAUUGCUCCAAAUUUGUCUCAAUUGAAAUUGCGAUAUCAAAGCGAUUUGGCUGAGAUUAAUGAUGAUCAAGUAGUAACAUCAACAUCCAUGCAUAAAAUAAUACAAAUAUUGUUCAAUAGCAAUUUGACCUGCGUAACUACUAAAGAACUAGUACAUGACUUGAAAACCGUAAAAACACGAAAAAAUUUAUAACCCAUAAUUUACGUAGCAUUUAAAAUACUGGAUAAGAAACUUUUAUAUCUGAAUCCAAGUGCUGCUGCUGUGUUGUUUGUGCCGUUCUUCUGAAUGUUGAUGGAAUCUCUGGGACAAAGGAAAAUCGUUAUAAAAAACAUUGAAUUGUAUGUGCUGAUUUAAGUUUCAAGUGGUUCUUUCAUCUGAAAAAGGACUUGACUUUAUUCGCUUCAAAAGUUAACGAGAUCUCCAGUGUGCAACAAACUAAAAACGCUAAAAACAAUAAUAGAACAAUCGAUGAUGGAUGAUUACAGGGUUGGAUAUUUGCUUGCGAGCAUGGCAUCACCUUACAAUGGUCACAGGAACAUGUCGUCUGAAGUGAGAAUGGCCCCUCGUCCAGCAAAAUCGGCUUGUCCAGCAUGGUCCCAUGGGUUGUUGCCCUCUCCCAUCGAUGACCCCUCCUCAUGCUCAGAUAAUGCAUCUGAUAACUCUGACAAAAUUGAGAGCUAUUGUCAGUCGCAAGCGCAAGGAAAUGGGGGUAAAAAUAGGAAGCGGAAAAUUGUUGGAAAUGGGGGAAAUCCUUCUUUUGUCAACUCUGGGGGUCCAAUGAAUGAUGGUUCAAAUCAGCGAGUACAACAGCAACAGCAGCAGCAGCACCAACAACAGCAACAACAACAGAAAGAUGCCAACAAUGAAACGAGAAACAGUCUCACUCAAGGACUUUGGACUGAUGCUGAGUUAGCCGCCGAUUUUGACGGCUCCCUGAGUGGGCUAGGAGCCGAUUUAUCUACGUCGUCAUAUGACAUGUCAGAGGCACUUUUGGCCCUUCCUACCAUUUACCAUCAACAAAGGGCGGCCGCAGCUGCAGCAGCAUCAGCAAACAACAAUACCCAACAAAAUCAAAGCAUGGCCUCCGGAUUUCUGAAAAGUGACUCUGGUCUCACCCCCCUUGCUUCAUCCCAUGUUCAUGGUGGGUCCUCUGUUUCCCUUCCUGGAGAUUUUCAUUUUGAUGGUCAACAACAACAGCAAAACACCUGCCAGCAAAAUAGCAGUACUGGUACCAGUCACCCUUUGCCACAAGAAACCAUGCAUCUGGAUUGUGAACGACGAUUUCAGUACGUUCUGGCGGCUGCGACCUCCGUAGCGACGAAAGUGAAUGAAGAAACGCUAACAUACUUGAACCAAUGCCAACCGUAUGAAAUUAAGUUGAAGAAAUUGGGAGAAUUGACAGCGUAUCGCGGCGUGGUUUUUCGCACAGUCGUUCGGUUAUGUUUUCACGAUCGGCGGCUGCAGUUUUCUGAAAGAGAACAGCUCGCACUUUGGGAGGAUGCUCAUCCAAAUGAUCGCAUACUGCAGGUAGACUUGCCACUUUCUUACGGGGUAACCCUUGUGCCGCCAGGCUCUGAGUACAGUUCAUCCAAUAGCAACUUGAUAUCGUUUUUUUGGGAGCCAUUAAAGGAAGUUGGGCUUUACAUCAAAGUUAACUGCAUCAGCACCGAGUUCACUCCAAAAAAGCAUGGCGGAGAGAAAGGUGUUCCAUUUCGACUCAUGAUCGAGACUUACUCUCAUGAUAAUAUUCGACUGCACGCUGGGGCUUGUCAGAUAAAAGUUUUUAAACUAAAGGGCGCUGAUAGAAAACACAAGCAAGACCGAGAAAAGAUUUUAAAGAAAACUCCUGGAGAGCAAGCAAAAUUGCAGCCGUCUUACGACUGUACAGUUUUGUCUGAUAUCUCGCUGGAGUCUCUCGAAUCCCCUCCACCGGCGAUUCAUAAUCAGAGUCAUCAAACCUUAUCACCCUCAUAUGAAGACCAUCCAAUUGUGGAUUCCCCUGAAAACAAUUCAAACAAUUCAAGCUCAGGAAAUGCCAAUGGAAAUAAUGGCAAUCAUGGUAGCACGCAAACACCUUCAGGCGUAGCAAGUACCGGACCAACAAGUUUUUCUGCGCAUUUUUCGCCAGAAUCGGUCAGAAGAUGGUUAACUAAAAAUAGAUUUUCUGCAACCAAAACGCUGUGGGAUUUCAAUGGGGUAGACUUGCUUCGUCUAGGUAAAGAAGAGCUCAUAGAAAUAUGCGGAUUGCCAGAAGGUAUACGUCUGUAUAAUGCCCUACACUACAAAAUUACAUUUUUCAUUCUGCUCGUGACGUCUGGCAAGGAUGGCCACCACGAUGCUUCAUCCAGUCCCUCACGAGGCCUCGCAAGCUCCGAAUGUGACACAGUUUAUCAUCCCAUUUGCUUAUCGGCACCUUCCAUAAAUGAAAUGACUUCUGUAGUCGCAUCAAUGUUUUACAAUCAAUUCCCGAACGAUUCUAUACCCGUGGAGCGUUUGCUUUUGUCUGUCCUGUCUCCAGGUGGAAAUUCCCGAAUCCGUGUGUAUCUCACCGAACAAUUACUUUCAACUCUCAAGGAUCAAACCGCUUUUAAAGCAUUCAAAUGUGGAAGUGAGGUUCAUUUCGAAAUAGUAGAAGUUAUUUGCAACACGAAUUUUAAAAGGAGGACGCACCCUUCUUAUGAGAAAAUCCCCCCCCCCGCUGCGUUGUUGUACAGUAGUCACUGCAACGUAGUUAACUAAAUACAUAUACUCCAAUCACUUUUGUCGAUUUUUAUUUACUUUUGUCGAAUGUGGGAAACAACAAUGAAACAAGGUCAGAUGUAAGUGUAUGUAGUUGAUAAAAUGGUAAAGCUUCAGGGAGUUUUAACUGAGAUAAUUAUUGUAUGUACCUCAUUCUAAGUUAGUGUUGUCCUUAAAAUUGUUGACUUGAAACGAAACGAAAUGUGCUAGAUAAGUACCUUAAUAAGGCAAUGUGAAAAUUAUAUUUCUAAUGCAUUUGUCAAAUUAUAUAUGUGACGGAGUUAUGUUGUCUGUCACUAUUAUCGUAUAAUUAUAAAACUGCCGUUGUUUGGAGCAAAAACUGAACUCGCCUUCGAGUUUAAAUUACAAAUUAACGAAAAAGCUAUUUUUGAGACAAAUUAUAAAAAUCGUUCCAAAUAGCAAGUACAAUAGGUUGUCUCAUGCAUGCAAUACGUACAAAUUUUAUUUCGAAGUGUGCUGAUUUUUAUUAUAAGAGUUGUAAAAGUUGAUGUGCUGAAAUGUUGGUGUCAUUAAUUAUUCCGUCAAACAAAAAAAACUUUCGUCCAACCAAAACUAAUCAGUCAUACAUGCAUAAUCGGAGAAUACUAAAAGUCGAAAUAGUUAAGCGGGUCAAUGUUGUUGUUGUUGUACGUACACAAUAUUAUGUUUUAUGUAUGUUGGAUCUUGUUUUUAUUCUUGGAGUAAAUUAUCGGACAGUA